AUGAUAACGGUAAGCGAAGUUUCCUCUUACUGUUCCUCUUCAAACUUGGCGUCUCUCUCUCGUCUCAACCACAAAUCAUCUUCGAGACUACGAAGCUCUUCACUUGACAGAGCAAGCUUCUCCGUUUCGACAAAGACCAGGAACAAUUGUAAAGCCAAAUCAUGGAAUCUCGGUCUUGUCAUCAACUCUAGAAGCUCUGAGGCUUCUGUUUUUGAUCCGUUGGGGAUCAAACCAGACGCAACAUCUACUCUGAGUAGCAUUUUGGAUGGAUUUGUGAGUCUUCUUUCUCCACCAUUUGAGAGCUCCUCCGGUACCAAACGAGAUAAACCGUCUUCUGGUCGUGGCGUGGCAGCUGCUAUUGAGGACAGUUCCAUUGAUUUUGGAGAUUUCUUCAAAGGACCAUUACCAGGGAAGUUUCUGAAGCUUCUUGGCUUCUUAGCUCUCUCUCGUCUUGGCAUCUACAUACCGCUCGGUGGAGUCAACCGAGAAGCCUUCGUCGGGAAUCUAGACCAGAACAGCUUGUUGACCACAUUGGAUACAUUUUCCGGUGGAGGCAUUGGCAGGCUUGGUAUAUGCUCUCUAGGGAUCGUCCCUUUCAUCAACGCCCAGAUUGUGUUUCAGCUUCUUGCUCAAGUCUAUCCAAAGCUGCAAGAUCUCCAGAAGAAAGAAGGUGAAGCUGGGAGGAAGAAGAUUCUUCAGUACACUCGUUACGCUUCAGUAGGGUUUGCGAUAGUGCAGGCAAUUGGACAAGUGCUCUACCUUCGUCCUUACGUGAAUGACUUCAGCACUGAAUGGGUUGUCUCUUCCGUCACGUUGCUAACGCUCGGCUCCGUUCUCACUACUUAUAUCGGAGAGAGAAUCACUGAUCUGAAACUCGGAAACGGCACUUCCCUCUUGAUAUUCACCAGUAUCAUCUCUUACUUGCCUGCAUCGUUUGGUAGAACAGCAGCGGAGGCUUUACAGGAAGGAAACUAUACUGGUCUCGCCACCAUUGUUGUUUCGUUUCUCCUCUUGGUACUUGGUAUUGUGUAUGUUCAGGAAGCAGAGAGGAAAAUUCCGCUGAAUUAUGCGUCGAGAUACACAAGCAAAGCCGGUGGGCUACAGAAAUCUGCUUAUCUUCCAUUCAAGGUCAAUAGUGCUGGUGUGAUGCCAAUCAUAUUCUCGACAUCGUCUCUCGCUCUUCCUGCUACUCUAGCGCGGUUUACAGGCAUAUCUGCUCUGAAGAAUGUUGCUUUUGCUUUGACCCCUGGAGGUUCUUUCUAUCUUCCAACCAAUAUACUUCUCAUAGCUUUCUUCAACUACUACUACACUUUCUUGCAACUUGACCCGGACGAUGUGAGCGAACAGUUGAAACGACAAGGUGCAUCGAUUCCUCUAGUCCGACCUGGUAAAAGCACUGCUCUCUUCAUCAAAACCGUCCUUGGCCGGAUAUCGGUUCUUGGUUCAGCAUUUCUGGCUGUUCUCGCUGCUGGUCCUGCUGUGGUUGAACAGAUCACUCACUUGACAGCAUUCAGAGGAUUUGCAGGCACUUCUGUUCUGAUUCUUGUCGGGUGUGCUACAGAUACUGCAAGAAAGGUCCAAGCAGAGAUUAUCUCGCAAAAGUACAAGAACAUUGAGUUUUAUGAGAUUAACAAGUAUGAUCCAUGA